GACUUGCCCUUGACUAAAGACAUUGUCAAAUGUCGCGGCCCAGCACCAGUCGACAGUCGUCGAACGCUCAGCUGCCUAGAUUUCGGUCAGCCCAUGUCCCUACUCUUUCCAACGCUCGCCCGUCGCCUGUGACUCGGAGGACAUCAGUUUCUGGGCUCACAGCUGGCGCACAAAAAGCCCAACGGACGUCCAAAACAUCUCAGAAACUUGUUCUUCUGCCUUCUGCGCCGCAGACGAAGCCACUCCGUGCAGAUGAAGAUGAUGUGCAUGGAUACGAGACAGAUACGGGUUUCAGAGAUCACAAAAGCGAGGGGGAGCGGAUGACGAAAGAGCAGCGUCAACGGGCGGGGUUCAAGCGAAUCACAGCGUAUUGCAUCUCAGAGUCGUUCAAGAUGAAACUACUGGCGUCGUUUUUGAAGAGAGAACAUAAUGUGUCUCCUAGGGUCUUCGAUGAAGCUAUGUAUAUUCUGUAUCAUUUACCACUCUUACCUGGAUACGGCCCAAAUUCGAACAUUCGUUCAUCUGCUCCUUUGAGCUCUCCGAGGACUGAGGCGCUACUGACUCAUAUGUCCGAAGCAGAAGAGAAUGGAUAUCAAGGCUCUUACUUUGCUACGCCCGAAGAACGUUCCCCAGGCUCCCUCAAUGAUGGAUAUAUGACAUCAGGCUCUCCCGUUGAAAUGCGCAGACCCCCGAGGUCUCCCCAGGCUGCAACCGAACCAAGUAACACUCGCGAGCCUCAAGAUGCACAAUUUCAAACAAGUAUCAAUAAUGAAGACCAAUUUGCGGAAGCGAUAUUCUUUGCAUACGGUGUAGUCGUUUUCUUCGGUUUGGAAGAAGGCCAGGAAAGAGGUAUUUUAGAAGACAUAGACAAUGCAGGCGUCCUGAGAAGACCUAUCGAGGAAGAUGAUUGGGAGAUUGAAGAGUGCCAUUUUGCGCAUGAUCCCCUAAUUGCAUAUCCUCGUAUAUACAAUGAUUUUUUCACUUUCAAGUCUCCUUCCCAUCUCCUUAAGCUCUCCGUCGCUCAUGCCCUAGCCCAGUCCACAUUACUGGCGCACUAUGAGACGAAUGCACAGCGCGUCUUGUCCGAUCCACGGACAGUUUCUAUACCACGGCAGCUCGCUUCUAGCGGUGCCAUCCAGCUGAAGCGCAAAGACGCCCUGCGGAUCACCGGAAGAUUAUUCAAGUUGCGGCGGGACAUCAACUUGGUUUCGAAUGUUCUUGAUGUUCCAGAGCUUUUCUGGAGUGAGGCCAGUCUAAAAGAUCUUUAUGACGCAGUUAGGGAGUACAUGGAAAUUCCUGGAAGAGUCCAAGUGCUCAAUGAAAAGCUCGGUGUUGCUUCUGAAUUUCUGGAUGCCAUACAUGACCACCUUAACAAUAAUGCGAUGGAACGCAUUACAUGGAUAGUUAUCUGGCUGAUCGUUGUUGCUAUAUUAGUUGAACUGGGAGAAGUAAUAGCACGCCUAAUCGUUCACGCCACUAUGGGUACCAAGACAACUCGUGUUGUAUCUCCCGUAGCUGCUUUCAGGACACUGCAGAGAUUAGUGGCCCAGAAAUAGUAUUUGUAUUCUAUAUACUAUUCACCGAUAAUGGACUCAAGUACAGAGAUUGCAAACCAUACCAGUAAUGCAUUUCGGUAUGAAUAGUAGCGACUGCAUGUGGAGUGCUGCGAGUAAAACGCGAUGUGAUCUUAGUCUGCGGUAUUAGGCAACGGGCUCUGGACCUUGUAUGAAGAGACCCUUUCCACUACUUGCCAUGUUGCUUCGAUGGAUGCGAACCAAAAACUCCAUGACGAGCAAAAUUGUCAGUCUUGGUAUAUUUAUUGCAUGUCACAUACAU